AUGUCUGCUGAAUUUAUGGAUUCAUUCGCACCAGAAAUGUUGCAAAAUCGUGAGAAAUCUACACCAACUACGGAAAACGUUUUGCCAAUUAUAAAAUCUUCUGACAGUCCUAUUACAGAACACGAAGAAAUUGAGACAUUUCAAGCAACGAAUGUCUCAAUGUUAUGUCUAAAAUGUAGCAAUUAUGUUAACCUGAAGAGUUUACAAGAUCAUCGUACAUUGCACGAAGCUUUGGCCUUGUUCCAGUACGAUUUCCAGGCGAAGCCUACUAAUGAACAAGCAUUAAGUCGAAAACGUGCAACCUUAAUAAAAGAUUUGAAUAAAGUUUUAAACAUAAGUCGUUCUGCCUACCGCAAAGAGCUGGGAAAAAUUGAUUUAGCUUACGAGGUUAUAAAGUCAGAUAUUUGUGGUCGAUCGAACAAAGUUAAACCAUCUUUUAUUGAACAUCAUGAUGUCAUGAUUCGGUCAGUCAGGGCAAAGUUACACGAGGGGGUUGCUCUAGGGGUGUGUGAGUCGACAAAUGAAAAAUGGAAGUCAGUAAUGGAAGAUGCAUAUAGUUACAUGUAUGAAUUUUCAGAAGGGCGGUUAAUCACAUACUUUGCAGUGUUUGAUGGAUACAGUGGCCCGACAGCUGCUAAACAAUGUGCUCGUCAAUUUUACCAAAUUUUGAAAGAAACACACGACAAUUUUAACUUUAAUGAAUGUAUUGAAGAUAUAGAUCAUUGCCAACUUUUGGGUGGUUUUCAACAAGCUUUUGACAAUAUGGAUAAAGUGUUGCUCCAUGGCACCAACGAGACAUCCCGUAAUCGUUGGAGUGGUUGUUCAGCAAGCACAUGUGUGCUUAUUGACAAUACUAUCCAUGUUGCAAAUGUCGGCAAUGUUAAAGCAGCCCUGAUCAAGGACGAUGAUUCGUUUCGAACGCUGACCGAAGACCACACUCCAGCCAAUAAGAAAGAAAAACAUAGAAUCAAAGCAAGUGGUGAUAUUCACAAGUGCUCUAAAACCUUGUGGGUCAAUGGUGUAGCUAUGACGACAAGGGGCCUGGGUAACCAUGGUGAUCCUCUUCUGAAGUCGGGUAUCAUAAAUGUCCCGGCAGUCUGUUGUGUUCCACUUGCAGAUAGUCAGAUCAUUUUGGUUGCAUCUUGCAGUUUUUGGCAGGUUUUCAAUGAGAAUGAAGCGGUGUUAUUAAUUAAGGAAUGGUUGAAAGGAAAUAAAUUAGGGGCUGCAGGAAAUAGUGUAAAUUCUGAUAAAAGUAAUUGUAGUGAUUCUAUUAAAAUUAAUAUUAUUCAAAGUGAAGAUUCUUUGAAAACAGAAUCCUCAGAUACAAUUAAUCAACUAGACAAAGGAGAAAUAGUAGGAAAUAAUGACUUUAAUGCUUCAGAGACUGGGAACCACGCAAAUUUGAAUGAAAACAAAUGCUCUCAAUGUUUGAAUAUAAACAAUGCAACAUGUAACUGUGUCUCAAACGGCCAAGAUUCUUUACCAUCAAACACCUCUGAUAUGAAUGAACAAGAUACUACAAGCUCUACUCAACCUAUUGAACAAAAGGAAAGGUCACUUUCAAAGUUGUUAAGAGACUUAGUAAUGAGAUAUGAUACUGAUCUUGUAGCUGUAGAAAUAAGUAAGCAUCUCAUAAAAGCAGCAUUGUCAGGUGGUGCUAAAGAGAAUAUUACUGUUAUGACAGUUAUACCAUAUAAUGUAUUUACUAGUAAUAAUUCAUUUACUUCUCAAUGA